AUGAAGUUUGCCAUUCUAUUUAAGAUUCUGAUAACAAUUUCCGAAGCCAAGUCAGAUUCCUUGUUAACUGGUACUUAUAAUCCGAACUCUACUCUACGUGAUGUAAGGGAAAUCGACGUCCUCCGUCAGCUCGUCAACCAGGAGACCCUCAUCCGGGUAUCCGUGGUCAAUGAUGUCAGGACAGCAGUGAAUGAUGUCAGCUCUGUUAAGAGAAACUUGGAAGUCACUGAGACAACGGUCACCACUCUGCUGCAAACGAUAGCAACAUUAAAAAGAGAGGUUGCAGCCCUUAGGCAAGACGACACUUUAUCGCAAAAGAUCGAAAAAUUAAAAAGACAGAUCGAUACUUUAAAGCAAAACAACUCUUUACAGCAGACCAUGGAAUCUCUAAAAAGGGAGAUCAAUACUAUAAAGCAAAACAACACUUUACAGCAGAACAUGGAGAUCUGGUUUCAAAACAACACUUUACAGACGUGA